AUGUCGUCCUCGCGAACCGCGCGCUGGAAGAACUCUGGCAUCACCAGCUGCAGUCUGUCGGCGAUGACACCAAACACCUUUUCAAUGUCAUCGCUAAUCUUGUUCUCCAAAUGCCCCAGUGUCGACUCGACCAUGCACAUGAACGCGGCGACCUGGCUCGGGUCGGCAAUGGUCGCGUUCAGCACACGUUGUUGGGUUGGUCGGAAGCAUGUAGCUAAGCCAGUUGGAUUGCGCGCGAAUCACCAUCUUCACGUCGAGAUUGCUAUCGGCUGGCAACUGCAUGAUCAUCAACAGGAAGUUGUAGAUACGAUCGAUCAGAGUGCCACCGAUCUCUUUUCUAAUCAUUUUGUACUGGCACGAGAUGGAACCGGUGCGUAG